UAUUUUCAUUUUUUUGGUAUAAACCGCCGAGAGAGGUAUCAAAAGCUACUUAGCGGAGUCCACUUCCAUCCUUUUUCUUUCGUCCGCCUCCAAUUACUCUCACACACACUUUAGACAGAAAAAAACAGUGAAACAGAGAAUAGAGAUGCCGCGGACAACAACAAUCGAGUGCCCAGGUUGCCCGCCACUUAGAGCUCUAUCUUUCGACGUACUUGGACUUGUUAAAGUAAUUGAAGCUCGAACCAAGCAAGAUGGCGUUCCGAAGGUGGUUGAAAGAUGGGGUGACCCUGAUUCCUCCAAAGCUGUCCUCGCCGCCUCUAUGGAUGACUCUAAAUCUAACCCUUUGCUAGCAGUUGCCAGGAAAAAUGGUGCAGUUGAUGUAUUGAGUCCAAUUACUGGGGAGUUGUGCUUUUCUAUUUCUAAUGAUGAUUCUAGCACAUCUCCAUUAGAUGACCCAAUUACUGGAUUGCAUUUAUUUAAAAAGCCGAGAGUGGAGUCACCUUCAAGGUCAUGCACAUUGCUUACGUGUACAAGUAAAGGGAAAGCAAGCUUGAGGAGAGUUGAUAAUUUUGCACAUGCUGGUUCCGUUUCAUGUACUAUUCAAGAAAAGUGGAAUGUGUCUGGUUCUGGUGAGAUUUGCUGUUCCAAAGUACAUGUUGAUGAAGGUUACUCUGUGUUUGGAGGGAAAGGUGUUGAAGUUAACAUGUGGGAUCUGGAGAAGGCUAGUAAAAUUUGGAGUGCAAAAUCUCCCCCGAAGAACAGCCUUGGAAUCUUUACGCCAACUUGGAUUACAUCACUGACCUUCCUAAGCAAGGAUGAUCAUCGUAAAGUUGUGGCUGGUACCAGCAAUCAUCAGGUUCGCCUCUACGAUAUAUCAGCUCAGAGAAGGCCUGUGCUAUCAGUUGAUUUCAGGGAGACACCUAUUAAAGCAGUUGCCGAAGAUUUAGAUGGGCAUACUAUUUAUGUGGGUAAUGGUUCUGGUGAUAUGGCUUCCUUCGACAUUCGUACAGGGAAGUUACUUGGAUGCUUCUUGGGGAAGUGUUCUGGAAGUAUCAGGUCCAUAGUCAGGCACCCAGAGCACUCUGUUGUAGCAUCAUGUGGGUUGGAUAGUUAUGUGCGCUUUUGGGAUAUAAAUUCCAGGCAGCUACUUUCUGCGGUGUUUCUAAAGCAACAUUUAACCAAUGUGGUAUUUGAUUCAAGCUUUUCUGAGGAAGCAUCCAUCAAUAAGAUAUCACUCCCUUCUAGUAUUAAGAAAACAGCAAUUACUGCGACAAAUCCAGGCGAAGAAGAGAAUCAAGUUUUGAAUAUGGAGCAGUUCGAGAAUGAAGAUGAUGCGGUGUCAGUAAAGAGGAAAAAAGCUUCUAAAGGAAAAAGUGAGGUGAAGAAGCUAAAAUCCAAGAAAGCAAAGAAAGUGAAGGGCGAGGUUCAUGUUGAUGUGUAAUAUGAUGGAAAGAUAAUUAUCAAGUUUUCAGAAAAGAGGUUUAACUUUCUUGCUACAGCAUUGCGCUCGAUUACAAUUUUGUAGUACUAAAGCAACUCAUUGUAAAAUCAUGCUCUCUCCAGUCUCCGUGAGCAAUGAUAAAAAACACACUCCAGAAUCGUAUUAUCUAUAUGAGGAUCAUUAGGAUGCUUUAAUUAAAUAGGGUUGGAUCGUAUUCUACUAUUUAGAGAAGACUAUAUUGUGUGUGAGUUUUAAUGGGCUUUUAUAAAGUGGUCUGAGAAAGGGAAAAAGUGGGGUACAAAGGGGUAGUAACCAAAAACGUGAUUGAUGCUCCCAUUUGUAAAUGAAUGCAACAAUGUGGGACUGUCUUCAAUAAUGUUGGUAAGUUGCUAUGGACUAUAGUCCUUUGACAGCUUUGAUGACUAGCAUAUUAUUACUUUUCAUAAUGAGAUUUUGAAUUCCUUUUUCAA